GUAACAACAGAACUGAGUAUAGUUUGAAUCUUCAGUAGUGAAAAGCGAGUCUCCUCCGUAGACACAACCAUGAACAAACAAAUCAAAACAAUGUCUUCCGCCAAACUCUCACGACUCUUCAACAUCACAACACACAACCAAACACCUUCCCCGCUCCCAAUCUCAGACAAACAAACCGCCACAAGAAUCACAACCCACCUUAAAACAUCCACCGUCAGAAAACUCCAAUCAAACCCAUCACUCCUCUUCAACCUAAACCCAAACGUAACCCGCCUCGUCCUCUCCUCGCCCACUCUCCCAACCCAAUCCUGCAUCGACUUCUUCAAGCACCUCACCACAUUCGAAUCCCACCUCAAACCCGACCUCGCCGCCGCGAUAGCCCUCUCCCGCCGCCUCUACACCGACCGGAGAUUCGGCGAGAUGAAGUCUCUCCUGAACUCAAUCACCGACGGGGCUGAGAUAAUCAUACGAAACGUUUACGAAGAAGAAGGAAAGGUCGAGUUUUUGGAAACGUUUCUGGAUUUGAUGAUUAGGGUUUACGUGGACAAGGGGAUGUUCCAAGAGGGUCUGAAGGUUUUCGAUUACAUGGUGGAGAAGGGGUUGAGAAUCGACGAACGAUCUUGCAUUGUGUUUCUUGUAGCGGCCAAGAAACGGUUGGAGGUUGAUCUCUGUUUAGAGGUUUUCAAGAGGAUGGUUGAUUGUGGAGUGAGGAUAAGUGUUUACUCGUUGACGAUCGUUGUCGAGGGUUUAUGUAGGAGAGGCGAAGUUGAGAAGAGUAGGAGGAUGGUGAGAGAGUUUUGUCGGAAAGGAAUCAAGGCUGAGGCCUACACUUACAACACUAUCAUCAAUGCUUAUGUUAAAGGUGGAGACUUUACCGGCGUGGAGGAGGUUUUGAAGGAGAUGAGGAAAGGUGGUGUUGGGUAUAACAAGGUUACGUACACGCUUUUGAUGGAGCUGAGUGUGAAGAAUGGGAGGGUGGGUGAUGCGGAGAAGCUGUUCGAUGAAAUGCGUGAGAGAGGGGUGGAGUUGGAUGUUUAUUUGUAUACUUCUAUGAUAAGUUUGUGUUGUAGAAAGGGGAAUGUGAAGAGAGGGGUUUUGUUGUUUGAUGAGUUGGUGGAGAAGGGUUUGUCGCCGAGUAGUCAUACUUACGGGGCGCUUAUCGAUGGAGUGUGUAAAGUAGGGGAGAUGGGUGCGGCUGAGAUAUUGAUGAGCGAGAUGCAGAGCAGAGGAGUUGAUAUCAGUAAAGUUGUGUUCAAUACGUUGAUUAAUGGGUAUUGUAGGAAGAGGUUGAUUGAUGAAGCGUUAGCGAUUUAUGACGUGAUGGAGAAGAAAGGGUUUGAAGCUGAUGUUUUCACUUUUAAUAGUAUUGCUAGCUGUUUGAAUAGAUUGAAACGGUACGAUGAGGCAAAGCAGUGGAUUUUCAGGAUGAUGGAAGGUGGUGUGAGGCUUAACACUGUUAGUUAUACUAAUCUGAUCGAUGUUUACUGCAAAGAAGGGAACGUUGAGGAGGCAAAGAGGCUGUUUGUGGAGAUGAGUAGCAAGGGAGCACAGCCUAACGCUAUCACGUAUAAUGUGAUGAUUGAUGCGUACUGCAAGCAAGGGAAAGUAAAGGAAGCACGUAAACUAAGGGCCAACAUGGAAGCAAAAGGGAUGGAUCCGGAUUCGUAUACCUACACGUCGCUCAUACAUGGGGAAUGUAUUGCUGAUAACGUGGACGAAGCGAUGAGGCUUUUUAGUGAGAUGGGGUCCAAGGGUUUGGAUCAGAGUUCUGUAACAUACACGGUGAUGAUUUCGGGUUUGUCAAAAGCUGGAAAAUCAGACGAAGCCUUUGGGUUUUAUGAUGAGAUGAAAAGGAAAGGGUAUACAAUAGAUAAUAAGGUUUAUACUGCACUCGUUGGAAGUUUGCAUUCACCUGAGACUUAGAACAUGUUCGUCAAACUAAGAUCUGUUUGUGUUGGUAAACUACCUGUUGAUUGUUGAAAUCGGUUAUUUUAUCAGAACCGUUUUUUUCUGAAAGAAUUCUUUGAAAGAGUUGGAGUGAGGUAUAGACGCUGCUUUGGAGUAUGGUCAUUAGUAUCAGUCAAGCGACCAUUGUGUCUACGCUGUAAAGAAAACAAAGCUCAACUCUUUUGGU